UUGGUACACUUAGAUCAAAUAUUCUAAAUGACUUUUUUGCAUUUAAGAUACGAGAAUGAUAAUUACUACAAGCGAGAGUCAAUUCUUCUCCCACUCAAUUUUUUGGAUUAUGUUUGUGGUUUUUGUGGUGAAGUCAGUUCAUUCAACUGAGCUGGACUGCAUGAACCAGAUGGACAGUUCAAAAGGACAAUGCUUCUUAAUGUUACAAGAUCAUCCGCAAUGUUGUCGGGUCUUCGAGACCGAAAACUGUCGGGAGGAGCUGACGAAGCCCAAAGAUGAUGCAUCGCCUCACGUGGAUUUUCUAAACAACUCCCUUUCCUUCGAUAGAAGCAGGAAUCAACUCUGUAUACAUGGACUCGAAAUGAGGACGGGUGACAAAACAGGAAACCUCUUUGGCUUCCAAGUGUACACGACGAAGUGGCACAAAAAUCAGCCUAGGGAAGAAUUCUCGUCCCUCAGUUUCAUGCUUCUAUCGCCGUCCCCUCUUCCUCCAGUUGUGCCCACGGAUCCUAAGCUGAGUCCCCUCAAGGACAUGAUCAUGUGUAUUGGGUUGGGGACUGAAAUCAAUUCUACCUCACCAGAUGUGUAUGUGAAGCUGGAGAUGAUUCCUUUGAAACCGAACAAGCACGAGCCUCCACUGACACACCCCCAGAACCCAAUCUCCCUGUGCACCCUGGACAGUCUGCACCUGGAGAAGGAGGGCAGGUGUGAAGUGAAGAAGGUGGAAUUGACCCCGCAUACAUGCGAAGUGCAAGCGAAGCAGAAAGUAGAAGAGGUGACGCCUUUGAUGCCAUCAACCAACAUCCAGACUGAAAGACCAGAUAUUGACGUUAGCCAUACUGAAGAAAAAGGGACGGACUCAAAUAACUUCUGGCAACUUGUUCUGUGUGUGCCUGUUUGGGUAGUUGUGUUGAUUCUGGCUUUCAUUCUAAUUAUCAGUUGUGCCCUGCUGGCAGCUUUCGCCCGUGGCUGGCGAUGUAAAAAAAUUCACGGGAAAGACGAGGAGGUGAAUCAUGGUCCAAAUACAGAACCACUGCUUGAAGGUACUGCCCUUGCCCAAUCAGUGCGCGGAAACAAAGCAGCACAGAAUUUAACUGACGAUCCUAACAGCCAUAAUAACCCAGUCCAUCAUGAUUACGAUGCCACCUACUGCAGAAAUCAGGCUCCAAGAGAAGGCACAAAUUUCUCGGCCAAUACAGGACAUACAAACGAGGCAAACAGCGCCAAGUCUCAAAAACAGUUUGUAAAAAUUGAAGAUAGAAAAGACGACACACGUACAGGAGCUGAAAGUCUUCUACUAACAGGCGCUACUGGUGAUGGAUACUCGGUAGCAAUGGAAAACCAGGCGGAUUUGAUUGGGAACGGAGUUCAGCCGCACCAUGAUCAAACAAAACAAAGAAAGAGGGCCGCAGAAGCUUCCGAUUCGACACUAGUGGAUCCGACAAUUCAACUUAGAGGCGAAACGGAAAUUCACGCCACUUGCAAUUCACAAACUAAUAACCAAGAUCAAUCACAAUCAGAAUCGUCUUUGUAGAAGGACGUUGAUCUUUGCUCGAUGGAAUCUCAAAUGAAUCUACUUAGUAAUAAAUGAACUGUAUUUGUAGACUGCCAAGAAACUGCUUUUACUCUAAUAUAUGUUUUUUUUGUACUCUACAUUAAAACAUUUUUAAGCCUAGUUGACUACCUAUCAUACAAUUUCAUAUAUGGAG